AUACAUUUCUCCCAUCCCUAGCGUCGGCUUUUGAAUAUAAAAUAAACGACGCGCCGAAAGUAAUUGUUAUUUGUUCCCCGUGCCCCGUGUUUUUUUUUUCGCGUCUAGUAGUACUUGUGCCCGUCGAACGGAAGUGUCAAACUUACCAGUGCUAGUCGCCCCAGUUGUGUAGUCAGUAGGAGCAAAGGUUUCCACACAGGACAGACGUGUUUUCUGCUCUCGCUGCCCGGCAAACAGAAACAUUUAUUGCAUAUUUUCUACACUUUUUGUUCAGUCGUGUUUUUUUUUAUUUUGCUAAAGUCACGUUGUGCCAUCGGUAUUGCUUUCGGUUCGGUUUUCGGGGAACAGUGCAGUUUUUCGGCGGGAGUCUAGUGAACUUGCGCGACCUGCACCAUGGAUCUGCGCAGCUGGCGUAAGGUCCUUAUCCAGUGGGUCAUCGAGUGUCGCUUCAUUGAACACAACUUCAUCACAUUGGAGCAGUCUGACCUCGAUGCCUUCUUCUCGAUUUACGUGCAAAAGGCCCAGGUGGCGCCGGUGGAGGAUGAGAACGCGCUGCCGGCCCAGCCCGGGGAGCGCCGCUCCCCCCUGCUGAACUUCCUAAGAGAUCAUUAUCCAGAGUUCAGUGCCCACAUAGAUGGCCGUGGCCAACUUGUGACCUCGGACUACGCGUACGUCUACACACUGCUCCUGCAUUACUCGUGCGUGAAGCAACCCAGCGUGUUCAUCCACAGCAUCUGCAAGAAGCUGCCGGAGCUAGUGCAGACUUGCAUCGCCAACUUCUUCGGCCAGACGUUGGAGCAGCAGCUGACGCGUCAAUUUCUACGCCAGUCAAUGAACAAUGUGGCUGUGGUUUACCGCCAGGGCGUCCAGAUCAGCCCCAGUCGUCCGAGCUGCAGCACCAUGAGUCCCGAGCUAACCAUUGACACCACACCGGGCACAUCCUCGUCCACAUCCUCAUCGCCUCAGCCGCCGAGCAGCACGCCACAGAUCCGUCAUCGCGAUCGCCAGCGCCUCCAGAUGUCCGCCAACGAAAUGCUAGCUCCGCCCACACCCAGAACCGAGCUGCUGGAGCAGCGCACCCGGGAGCUGCGCGGUGUUCGCGCCCAGCUGGAGGUGGUGUCUUACGAGAAGACCAUGCUCGAGGAGCAGCAAGCGGAGAAGGAGGACCUGAUUAAAUCGCUAAACAAAGAAAACAUGAUGGCCAAGAGUCAACUGGCCAAGCUCAAGAACGCCGUCCAGAAUGGUGAGAAUGCCGACGAUUCCGCGACCGACAACGUGCCAAAUGAGUUCGAUCAUUUGAAGCGAAGCCUGUUGAAGGAAAUCAGCCAAAAGGAGGCCAUUAUAGCCGAGACUAACGAUAAGCUACAGGAUUUGCGCGCCGAAAAAUCCGAGCUGGUCGAGCAGCUUAAAACGUCCGGGGACAAACUCCUCGCGUGCGUGGACAGAAUCCGGGAGCUGGAACAGCGCCUGGAGGAAUCCAGCCUGAUUGUAUCUUCCAGAGAAGAUACAAUCAGCUCCCUGGAGCGCGACAAGCAGGAGCUGGAUCGUUGUCUACAGGAAGCGCGCGAGGAGUUACACAACCGACGUGAGGUUCUCAAUGCGUCCUCGGACUUGCUCAACUGUUCCCUGUCCCCAAACACCACGCCCGAGAAUCUGGGCAGCUCUGUGGUCGACAAGCAGCUGCGCGAGAAGGAGCACGAGAACGCCGAGCUGAGGGAAGAGCUGCAGAAGCAGAGCACUAUCUUGCUGGAGCUAAGCGAGAGUGUGGCUUGCUUCGUCGAGAAGCACAGCAUCGAGCCUGACCCUCUGGCAGACGAGAAGUCCCCAUCAGUGUUGUCCAGCAUUUCUAUGAUCGAGAUGACAUUUGCGGCGGAGCUGGCCAAGAAUGCCCGACUACAGAAGCAGUGCGACAGUCAGACCGAGCAUAUCGCCGAUCUUCACUCGAGGUUCCAGUGGUCAGUCGAAUCUCUGGAUAAACAGAGAGUACAGUUGGACGAGGCCAGGGCCAGGAUUGAUGAGCUUGAGCAGGAAGUUGCGGAAGCAAAUCGUAGUCAUGCCAAGCACAUUCGUCAAAUGCAGGAGGAUCACGAUCACGACACUAACGUGUACCACUUGGAGAACAAGAGGCUAAUUAAACUCAACGAUACGCUCAAUGAGAUGGUGGCCAAGGGAGACGCACAUCUGGCCGAGAUAAAGGAGCAGCUUGGCGAGAAAGAGCGUCAGAUAGACGAUUUGGGUGCUCAAAUCUUGGAUCUGCGCGAGCGGAAUGAGUGGCUCGGAACUAAGAUCACGCUGAUCGAUGAGGAGCGAAGCAGCGAGGCAAGCCGUUCGGAGAAGGAGCUGCGCUGUCAUACGUACUUGCGUGACAAGUAUAACCAUUGUCGAAGCCAGCUUAAGGAUAGGAUCGAGGACAUGGAUAAGUUGUCCCGCCAACUGGAUGCGUCCAACUGGGAGAACGCGUGUCAACGAGUGCUCCAGUUGCAGUCUGAAUGCGAAUCCCUCAAGGUGACAAUGGAAUCGCUAAACGUGUACAUAAAGACAAGGGCGGAUAAGGAGCAGCGUCUCACCAGCCAACGGGAUGAGCUCAAUAUCCAAAACGAUUUUCUGAACCAGCAGUACGGCAAGUUAAAGGAGGAUUCAGACUAUUUUCUGGGCCGCAUCUCUAGCCUCUUAAGAGCCGACAACUCUGUGAAUUCCCUGACAUCCUCCAUCGACUCGACAACGGACGAAAUUGGCAAGCGGUUCCGUGAUAUUGAAUCGUUGCUCGAGCAGCACAUGAAAUCGUUUGAUGAGACUGAGGCGAGGGUGAAUAGUUUGAACGAUGAGUUGGCAGAUCUUCAGCGACGCAAUGCAGAGCUUACCAAUGAGAACGAGACACUGAUUGCCCAGAAGGUCCAAGAACUGGGUCAACUGGGUGAGGAUAUUGAAAAACGGAAUGACGUGAUUAAAAAACAGAAUGACGAGAUCGCCAGUCUUACCAAAAAGAUUCCCCUGUUAGAAAAGGCUGUGAAAAAAACUCAGGACAAGCUGGCGAAGGCUCAUGUGUUGGUACAAAGCUUAAGUACGGCAGCCAUCAAUUCUAUUGCCACCAUUGAGCCUCGUCUUUUGAAAUUGGGUUCAAUCUCUACUUGUGCGGGAUGCACUGAUGCAAAAGACCCCGCGCAAUUCCAAUCUUGGAUGACCCAGUUUGUCGACAUCUAUGACCAAAUGGAUGCCAGUCGCCAGACUCUGGAAAACCGCUGCGUUGAGGCCUCGAGGAAAAUGGAUACGCUUAGCCAGGCCAAGAAGCGAUUAGAGGAGCAGGUGCAGCAACUGCAGAAUAAGUCGACUAACGAUCAGAUCCCUAUGCUAAAGCAACUCAACGAAACCAUCAACAACCUGGAGAUGGUGAACGACAAGCUGACCAAGGACAACCUUAAGCUUCAUGACAUGAAUCUAGAGUUGAGUGAGAGUCUGAUGAAGUCCCACAAAGAGGUGGAACGUCGCGCGACCAAAUACGUCCAGCUGGAGGCGGCGGAUAGGCGGAAGUCCAGCGAUCUGCACGAUUGCCGGAAGAAGCAAGAUGAACAGAAAGCGGAACUGAAGUCCAUGCAGGAAAAAAUGGCCGCGUUAAAGGAAACUUAUGAAAAACAGAUUGAAGAACUGAAAGCUAACUGUGAUCAGCGGUCCAAGGAAGUUGAGAAAGAGGUGGAUGGAAGCCAGGACUUGCAAAUAAACCUAAAGGAAAGUGAGGACAAGGUAUCGAAACUAGUGGAAGAGCACAAGCAACUGUUGAAGAACACGAAAGAUGAGCACGAAAAGCGUUGCAAAGAGCUAGAGAAGCAGUUGGCCGAAAAGGAUGAAGAGCAGUCAAAGUUGAAGGCUUUGGAAGAAGAAUGUCAAAAGCGCUGCCAAGACAUCGAGAAGCAGCUGUCCGAGAAGGAGUCCCAGUCCUCGGAGUUGGUCAAAGAGCACGAAGAAGAAGUUAAGACAAUCAAAGCGGAGCUGGAGGAGGCUCGCUACCAGGAGAAGGAGUUGCGCCUAAAGGACAAAGAGCUGCGCGAGACCAUACAGACCCACAAGCAACUAUUAAGGGAAGCUACUUCCGAUCUGCAGGAUUCUCGCCUUCAGGAGCAGAGCAUGCGCCAAACUAUGGAGACCCACAAGCAACUAAUGAUGGAAUCGGGUCCCAGCGAGGAGCUCCUCAUUUUGCGUAAUAAGCUGCAGGAGGAAGAAAAGCUUACGAAAGAGCUCAGAGCAAAGCUAGAGAAGCAGGGAUCCAGCGAGGAGCUUCUCAGUUUGCGCAAUAAGCUCCAGGAGGAAGAGAAGCGUACGAAUGAGUUCAGAGCAAAGGUAGAGAAGCUAGAAUCCAGCGAGGAGCUUCUCAGUUUGCGUAAUAAGCUCCAGGAAGAGGAGAAGCUUACGCAUGAGCUCAGGGCAAAGGUAGAGAACCGAGAAUCCAGCGAAGAGCUUCUCAGCUUGCGCAAUAAGCUCCAGGCGGAAGAGAAGCUUACGAAUGAGCUCAGGGAACAACUUGAGCACCGAGAAUCCAGCGGGGAGCUGCUCAGCUUGCGCAAUAAGCUCCAGGCGGAAGAGAAGCUUACGAACGAGCUCAGGGAACAACUUGAGCACCGAGAAUCCAGCGGGGAGCUGCUCAGCUUGCGCAAUAAGCUCCAGGCGGAAGAGAAGCUUACGAACGAGCUCAGGGCACAGCUGGAGAAUCGAGAAUCCAGCGAGGAGCUACUUAGCUUGCGCAAUAAGCUCCAUGAGGAAGAGAAGCUUACAAACCAACUAAGAGCAGAGUUGCAGGGGUCACGACCCAGCGAGGAGCUUCUCAAUUUGCGUAAUAAGCUCCAGGAAGAUGAGAAACUUACGAAUGAGCUUAGGGCACAACUGGAGAAUCGAGAAUCCAGCGAGGAGCUGCUCAGCUUGCGCAAUAAGCUCCAGGAGGAAGAGAAGCUUACGAACCAACUAAGAGCACAGCUGGAGGAGCGAGGAUCCAGCGAGGAGCUUCUCAGCUUGCGUAAUAAGCUCCAGGAGGAAGAGAAACUUACGAAUCAGCUCAAGGCGCAGCUAGAGAAGCGAGGGUCCAACAAGGAGCUUGUCAGCUUGCGUAAUAAGCUUCAGGACGAAGAAAAGCUUACUAAGCAGCUCAGGACAAUGCUAGAGAAGAGAGAAUCCAGCAAGGAGUUGGUCAGUUUGCGUAAUAAGCUCCAAGAGGAAGAGAAGGUUACUAAGCAGCUCAGGCUGAAGCUAGAGAAGCAACGUAAAGAACUGAGUAAGGCCAAGGCGGACCUGGAGGACUUGAAAAGCGCCGAUAAGAAUUUGCACAGUCUACAAACCAAACUUAAGGACGAAGAGAAGCUUACUCAUCAACUUAAGGAGGAGCUGAGCUCGGCUAAGGACCAGCUCGGAGGCGAUGCAAGCAGUACUACUGAACUAAGAAAACUGUACGACAACUCCAAGGAGGAGCUGAUCUGUUUGACUAACAAGCUCGAGAACGAAGUGAAGCUUAUGGAUCAGAUGAAAAUGUUGCUAGACAAGCAACACAAAGAUCUGGUCCAGGCCAAGGAGCAGCUCAAGAGCGCCGAGAGCUCCAAGGAGGAACUGCUGGCUCUCCAAACCAAACUUCAGCAUGAACAGAAACUUACGGAUCAGCUUAAGGAGGAGCUGAGCAAGGCCAAGGCCGAACUCGCAAGCAAUGCAAAUAGAACGACGGAACUAAAUAAAUUGUAUCAGAGCUCCAAGCAGGAGCUGCUCAGUCUACAAACCAAACUUCAUGACGAACAGAAACUUACGGAUCAUCUUAGGGAUCAGCUUAAGGACGAACUGGAUAAAUUGUGUGGCAGCUCCAAGGAGGAUCUGCUCAGUUUACAAACUCAGCUCCAGAACGAAGAGAAGAUCAGGAAUCUGCUCAAGAAGAAGCUGUUCGAGAAAGAGGAAGAGCUAAAAACGACCAAGUCCCAACUCGAAAGCAAUGCAAAUCGCACGGCGCAAGUAAAUGGAAGCUCCAAGGAGGAGAUGCUCGGCUUGCGUAAUAAGCUCCAGGACCAGGAGAAUCUAAGUCAUCAGCUCAAUGCUGAGCUGGCCAAGCAGCAGGAGCUGCUCAGCACAGCCAAUGCCCAACUCGAAAGCUACGCAGAACUGGAAGCGUUGUUUGACGGCUCGAAGGAUGAGGUGGCAAGGCUUUGGAAUAUAAUUCAUAAGGAAGAAAAGCUUUCGGAACAGCUCAGAGCAGAGAUGAAGGAUCAGGCCGAUGCUCACCAGAAGGAAGUGGAUAGUUUGAAACUAGCAAGGGAUUCCAUACUGCCUGAGAUCCAAGUGGUUAAGGGGCGAAUGGUGAAGGCCGAGCGCGAGUACCAGGUCAGUCUGGCCACCCUGGAGGACCAAAUCGAAACGUUGGAUGAGCGCAACAAACAGGCCGAAGUUGAGUGUCUCUCUGCCAAAGAGCGGAUCAAAGAACUGGAGUCAAGUUGCAAGGCCAAGGAGGAUCAGCUCUUGCAAGCCGAGCUCUUGAACGAUCGCCUGGCGCUCGAGAUUAGCUGCCACAAAGGGGAGGUGGAAAUACUAAACCAACAGCUGGCAAAGAAAGAUGAAGAGAUGGCUGAAUUGCGCAAUUUCGCUGAGCGUAUCCAGAAGCUGGGGAAGCAGGAUAUGGACGAGUUGCAGCAACGUUUGGAUAGCGAGAUGGUCAAACGCCAAAAGGCCGAGGAUCAGUUGGCCGCAGCCAGCGAACGGCUAACCGAUCUUGUCCAGGAAUUGGACGGAACACGACUCGUCCACGAUGCCUGUCAAUACGAACUGGAGGAGAAGACGCGCGAGAUUGAAACCCUUCGUGCCGAGUCGACGGACCGCAUUCGUUCCUAUAAGGAGCGCCUGGAAGCCUUAUCACAGCAGCUGGCCCAAUGCAAUGACGACCUGGCCGAGCUGAGGUCGGCCAACGAGAGCCGAUCGCAGAGUCCAAAAGAUCUCGGUGCCACUUACAGCAAGGCGGAUGCCCCGGAAGCAGACUCCAAUCUCGGCCAGCUGCGUCAGGAGGCGGUGCGAAACAGCAAGCUUGCGCUGGACUGCCAGAUCCUGCAGGCCAAGUAUCGCGACGCCAAGGAUGAGAUCCAGCGCUGCGAGCAGAAGAUCAAGGACCAGCGUCUCGAGAUGGAGGGCAAGUUGGACAAGAUGAAGACCAAGAUGCGCUCCUUGUACACGGCGGAGGUGACCCGCAUGAAGGAGAAGCAGGAACGGGAUGCGGCCAAGAGUGCGUCCGAGAUGGAGGCCCUCACAGUCCAGAAUGCCAAGUACGAAGAGCAUACGCGCAAGCUGUCCAAUCAGAUUGUCCGGCUGAACGAGAAAAUCCUCGAGCAACAGAAGCAGCAUGCCAUCAUCAGCACCAAGUUGCGCCAUCUGCAGAUGCAGCCAGUGUGCGAGGCGAAGCCUACCACUGCCACGAUAACCGUUUCCUCCAGCUCAUCGACGGCGGCCACAGAGGAUUGGCAGCCCUUCAAGCGGCCCAAUGCCCCGUCCUCCAAUCUGGCCAUGGAGGAUGAGGAGGGCGAGGUGUUCAACAACACCUACCUGACGGACCUCAAACUGGGACGUGUUCCCACGGACAUGACGGCUGAGGAGUUGAUCUAUAGGAACUCGCUGCAGCCGCCACACCUGAAGAGCACUUAUGCCGCCCAGUACGAUCUGGGCAGCCAGGACGAAGAUCUUAAAGACGGACCCCACAGUCUGGAUGACAGCAUGAGUGCCCUGCUGAGCUCCUCGAGCACUGGGACGCGCAAGAAGUCCAUGGGCACCCACUACAAGCGGCCGGGACCGCCCACGCCGAGCAAGAACGGCGGCAGGUUGUCCUUUGGCAGCUCGGAGCCGCCGCGCGAGAUCCUGCGGGAAUUCGGCGACCAUCACAACAACACCUCCAAGACGCCGGCGCGCUUCAAGUUCCUCACGCAGCGCUUCAGCGUUGGCAGCAGCGGUCUGCCCCGGGAUGAGCUGCCGCAUCGCAAGCGGCCGAAUCUUUUGACCGGAAUACAGCGCCGUAGGCUGCGCCAGGCGGUGGGUUUGUUUUGUACAUCAACGCCCCGCAAGAGCCGCUCCUACUACGAUCAGCAGCGUCUGAUCCGCGUCAGCGAUGCGGACACAUCGGAGGCGCAAGUCGAAGUGGAGGAGGAGGAGAUGGUAAUGGAGGCAGAGGAGGAACACCUAGAGGAUCAGGCCGAGCAGCAGGGCACUCCGCACUUGUCCACUGCAGCACUAUUGGCCCUGACCAAGGGCAACACCCGCCGCCUGACUGGCCAAAUGAAGCAACGGAAGGGUCGCGUUUCCCUCUGCAUACAUGGCAACAUUUUCGCCAAGAGCCGGACGGCGGCGGCGUUGAAGGUGUCCCAUCAGGCGGUGUCCGGAAAGCGGGUGCAGCUGCGUCGAAAGUUGCGCCAGGAGCGGUUGGGCCGCUUCGAUCAGGCCCGUCACCUGGACCAGGUCUCCUUCGCCAAGUCGCCCGAUUCCGCCGACAACAACAACUACAGUCUGCACAAUCGCAAUGAGGAGCAGCAGCAGCAGCAGCAGUUCCUGAUGGGCAAGACGGUGGUGCUGGGUGGCAAGAGGCCAAGGAGUCCUGUCGUAUCCACCACAUUUAACGUGGAGCAGCACAGCGAGACCUGGCAGCUGCAGCAGCAGUUUGAGUCGGAGAACCUGGCCACCUGGGCCAUGGAGAAUGACCAGAGUGCCUUGGACGAGACCCAGGAGGUCUGGCAAUUCGAGCAACUGUGCCAGGAGACGGAAUCCACGGCGCCCUUCCAACUGCAGCCGCUUAACUAUGAGCCACUCGUUGAACCAGCGCCGGCGGAACUGAAGCUACCGCAAUUGGUCAGCUCGUGCAGCAACAUCACCGAUGCCAGUUGCGCCACCAACAUGACCAGCACCUCGUCCCGCCGAUCCACCUGCACCGUCUACUCGAUGGGCAGUGUGCACAUGCAGCCGCUGCCGCAGAUCAAUAUCACCUAUGUCCAGCCAUCGGGCUCCCAGCUAGGCAGGUCCAUGCACAACCGUUCGCUGCCGGCUCAGUGCAGGCGAAUCCUCUGCCGCCUGAGCCUUGGAGAGCGGGUGAUCGUGGGCCUUGCCCUGCUGGCCAUCGUGGGGCUGUGCUGCCUGCAGCUGGAGAACAGGACGGUGCUGGUGCUCACCGCCGUGCUGGCCGCCAUGGGCCUGGUCCUCCUCACCGUUUCGUUUGCCGGUCGCCACUAGAAACGCCAAAAUAAAACAAAACCAUAAACCAAAGCAAUGGAAAUCGCACAUUUCGCUUAGCCAUGUGUAAUGCCCAUCGUUAUGUGUGUACUCAUCUCUUGUCCAUUUACAGAACUCGCCGCCCAAGCGUCGUCUCAGCAACAUGUUCAAGCGCAAGUAGCCGCCGUCGCAGUAUUAUCCACUCAUUUCCGAUCCAGAUCCAGUCUCUGCUGCGUCCACCUGAUUAUCACAAAUAAUUUUCGGAUACAAUUGGGAAAUCUUCAUUUAUUAUUGACCUUAAGCUUUUUUUUUUUUGCCUCAGUUAAACCCUUUCUGGAUAUAAAAAUCUAUGUUUAUUAUAUGUUUCAAUGGUACCAUAUCAAGACGAACAUAAGAUGAAAAAUAAAAUUAU